AUGUCGGCAGAUACCUAUCUUGAUACCCUCCUCGCGCCGACCGGCGGGCCAGGCCCGCAGACAGCAGCCCACCGCGAGUGGGAGGCGCUCCUCUCGUCGUUUGAAGCGGAGCGCGACGCCGAGUCCCACCCUCCCCCGACGCUAAAGCACGCCCGUGUCCCCUGGCCCACGCUGCACGAUCUUCUGGGCCAAGACGCCGGCCUCGCACGCGAGGACGAGCACGACGCCGAGCUCGCGGCGCGCGUGGCGGUCAUGAGCCUCGAGCCGGGCCCCUCGGGCGUCGCUACGCCGUCGGUCGACGUCGACUCGCUGCGCGUCAAGCUGCAUAACCACCUGCCCCCGUCCGCCGUCAUCUCGCUGUUCGACCUCCUCGCGUCGCCCGUCGAUGACGACGGGAUCCAGAGCGGACUCGUCGAGGCGCUGGGGUUCGAGGGCGAGGGGUUCAACCUCGUCCAUGAUAUCCUUGUACCUGGGGUCCGAUCGGCGCUGGUCGCUGCCGAGCGAGGCAAGAAGAAGGGGGGUAAGGUGAACCCCUAUGCUCAGCCCUCCAAGUCUGGGCGCAAGAAGAUUGACAUCACGGACAUCAUUGGCACGAACGAGGACAUUGAGCGCCGUAUCCAGGAGCAGCUGAGCCGGCCCAAGGCCAUGUUCGUGGACGAGAGCCAGCAACGCGUUGUGAAGCAGGAGGUCCUGCCCAACGUUUUCACCUCGGGAUCGACAGUCACGCAGUCCAUGUCGUAUGGUGGCAGGUUCGCCCUGCCGAUCGGCACGGAGCGCGAACAGACCGAGCACUGGGAGGAGGUUACUGUGCCCCCACCCACUGCCGUCCCUCCCAAGGCGACCGAGAAGCCCGUCCUCAUCAAGUCGCUGUCACCACUCACGCGCGGCUGUUUCCCGGGCUACACGAGCCUCAACCGCAUGCAGUCCGUCGUGCACCCAGUCGCCAUGGGCACGAACGAGAACAUGCUCGUCUGUGCCCCCACUGGUGCGGGUAAGACGGACGUGGCGCUCAUGACCAUCAUCCGCGUGCUCCAGAGCCACGUCAAGGAGGGCCCGUCGAGCCACUCGAGCGGAUUCACGAUCGACAAGGACAAGUUCAAGAUCAUCUACGUUGCGCCGAUGAAGGCUCUCGCGGCUGAAAUCACGCGCAAGUUUGGCAAGAAGCUCGCGUGGCUCGGCAUCAGGGUCCGCGAGUUGACUGGUGAUAUGCAGAUGACGAGGCAGGAGAUUGCGGAGACGCAGGUCAUCGUCACGACGCCAGAGAAGUGGGAUGUCGUGACCCGCAAGCCUACUGGAGAGGGCGAGCUGGCCUCGAAAGUCCGCCUUCUCAUCAUUGACGAGGUGCACCUGCUCAACGAAGAGCGUGGUGCCGUCAUCGAGACGAUUGUGGCCCGUACUCUCCGACAGGUCGAGUCCAGCCAGUCGCUCAUUCGUAUUGUUGGCCUCAGUGCCACGCUGCCCAACUACAUCGAUGUCAGCGACUUCUUGAGGGUCAACCGCUACCAGGGCCUCUUCUUCUUCGACUCAUCCUUCCGUCCAGUGCCCCUUGAGCAGCACUUCAUCGGUGUCAAAGGAAAGCCGCGCAGCCAGACGCAGACCCGCAACAUGGAGCAGGCGGUCUACGACAAGGUCAUUGAGCAGGUUCGCGCCGGCCACCAGGUCAUGGUCUUCGUGCACGCCCGCAAGGAGACUGUCAAGACUGCACAGAAGUUGAAGGAGAUGGCAACCGAGGAAGCUUCCAUCGACCUGUUUGACACUCGGGAGCACCCCAAGUUCCAGCUGUACCGCCGAGACAUCGGAACCAGCAGAAACAAGGAGAUGAAAGAGCUGUUCGACUAUGGCUUCGGUAUCCACCACGCAGGCAUGCUCCGGUCCGACCGUGCCAUGAUGGAGCGCAUGUUCGAGGACAACGCCAUCAAGGUGCUCUGCUGCACGUCCACCCUUGCCUGGGGUGUCAACUUGCCUGCGCACGCCGUCGUCAUCAAGGGCACACAGGUGUAUGACUCGAACCGCGGUGCCUUCGUCGACCUCUCCGUCCUGGAUGUGCUUCAGAUCUUCGGUCGUGCCGGUCGUCCAGGGUACGAGACGGAGGGUGUGGGCUUCAUCUGCACGUCGCAGGACAAGCUCGACCACUAUCUCUACUCUAUCAUGUCACAACAACCUAUCGAAUCCAAGUUCAUUCCUGGCAUGGUCGACGCGCUCAAUGCGGAGAUCUCGCUCGGUACCAUCUCCAAUACUCGCGAGGCUAUCUCAUGGAUCGGUUACACGUAUCUCUUCGUUCGCAUGCGCCGCGAGCCCUUCAUUUAUGGUAUGAGUCACGACGAACCACGAGACGACCCGCAACUGGGCAACAAGCGAAAUGACCUCGUCACUCAAGCCGCUCGCCAGCUUGCCAAGGCCAAGAUGAUCCGCUUUGAUGAGAUCACCAACACCUUUGCCAUCUCUGACCUGGGCCGAAUCGCUGCGAGAUACUACCUUCGUCACCAGACAGUGGAGGUCUUCAGUGCGUAUCCAGCUUCAGAGUCCAGAGACGAAGCUGAUUCGCGCGCAGACGAGCUCUUUAACCCCCGCAUGAAGAAUGCCGACAUCUUUGCCAUGCUUGCCAAGGCUACGGAGUUCGCCCAGAUCCAGAUUCGCGACACCGAGGUCGAAGAGCUCACGAGUAUCAUGAACUCGGACAGUUGCCCCAUGGAAGUCAAGGGCGGUGCCACUUCUGCCGAGGGCAAGGUCAACAUCCUUCUUCAAGCACACAUCUCACGCGUCUUCAUCGAGGACUUCGCCCUGGUUUCCGACACGGCAUAUGUCGCCCAGAACGCUGGCCGUAUCAUCCGCGCCUUGUUGGAAAUCGCCCUCAGUCGCAACUGGGCCAACUGCGCCUUCCUCCUCGUUGACCUGUCCAAGGCGAUCGAGAAGCGCAUGUGGCCAUACGAGCAUCCCCUGGCGCAGGUUUCGACCCUCCACCGUGACACUCUGUUCAACCUGCGCAAGUGGGCCGAUGACACGGAGAUUUCCGAGCUGCGUGAGAUGGACGCAAAGACCUUGGGUGAGAGAGUGCACAUGAACGCAACGCACGGUGAAGCGCUCCACCGCGCUGCUCUCAUGUUCCCUACGAUCGGAGUCACACACGCUCUCCGGCCUUUGGCGCACGACCUGCUUCAGAUUACCUUGACGAUCAAACCCCAGUUCCACUGGAGCGAGAAGCUGUCUGGGUCAGCUGAGCCGUUCUACGUCUGGAUCCAGGAUGCGGAGGGCCUCCACAUCCUCCAGUGGCGCAGCAUUCUGCUUCGCAAGGAGACCACUUCGCUGGCCGUCGACUUUGUCAUCCCCUGGGCGCCAGACGCGCACAAGUCGCUGUCGAUUGUGACGGCGUCAGACCGCUGGCUUGGUUCCGACUCGGAGACACCAAUCUACCUCGAGCAGCUGGUCAUGCCCAAGGCCUUUGAGGACCACACGCCGCUGCUGGAUCUUCAGUCGUACCUCCCCAUCGCCGCGCUCGAUGAACCCGACCUGGUCGAGCUCUACCGCCCGCAUGUCCCCCUACUCAAUGGCAUCCAGUCCCAGGCAUUCUGGAGCGUGUACCACACGGACCAGAAUGUGCUGGUCUCGGCCCCUGUGGCGUCUGGCAAGUCGCUACUCGGCGAAUUGGCCCUUUGGCACCUCUUCCGCAAUGCCGCCGGCGCCCUCGCUGUCGUGAUUGUGCCUCACGCCCGUGCAGCUAGCGAGACAGCGGCUAGAAUCCGCAGUGUCGUGCCCAAGCGGCGCAAGAUCUCGGUCACAAGUGUGAGGACAACUGACGCCUUUGACAAGGCUGUGGGUGGCGACGGCGGACGUAUCGUUGUGGCCACGCCGACGGCUCUCGACCUCAUCUCCAACAGCCGAUUGAUUGAGCUCGCCGGCAAGCUUUCACUCGUGGUUCUGGAAGACCUGCAUCUCCUCGACGCCGAGUAUGAGCUCACUAUCACCAAGCUCUUGUCGGUCGUGCAGCCGCAGAAGACUCGUGUCGUCGGCCUCGCAUGCACACUGUCAGACCCUUCGGACAUUGGCAACUGGUUGAAGGUCGACCCGUCUUACCGGUUCUGCUUCACGCCCAAGGACCGUGGGGCGCCAGUGGUCGUGCAGCUCAAGACCUUUACUAUUGCACACUCGACAACGCUGCUCAAGACGAUGAUCAAGCCGACGUACGACAUCAUCAAGGGCGCCGCUAAUGGCGACACGCCUGGCAGCGUCAUUGUCUUCGUCCCCUCUCGUGGGGCUGGACGAAUUGUCGCUCGUGAUCUGGUCACGCAGUCGGGCACGGAGAUGGACUUGAACGGCUUCUUGAACGCUCAGCGCGCCGACGUUGAGCCGCUGGUCGAGCGCCUCCGCGACCCGCAGCUCCUGGAGCCAUUGCUGCACGGCAUCGGCUAUAUCCUCCCGGGUAUGGCUCCCAGCGACCUCGCCAUUGUCCUUGAGCUCUUCGCUUCGGGCAUUGUUCGCGCGCUCAUUGCGCCACGCGAGUCGUGCUGGACACUUCCGGUUCGCGCGUCGACCGUCGUCCUCAUGGGCGCGCAGUACAUGCGCUUCAACCCCGAGACCGAGGACCGCCAGGUCGUUGCCUACUCGCGCCAGGAGCUGGUCAGAAUGCAGGGCUUUGCGGUCCUGUCGGCACACCCCGCCAGUGCUGGUCGCAACAUGUUCGUCAUGUGUCAGGCGGAGCAGCAGACUGCGAUUGCUCGUGUGCUGUCCGACGGCCUGAGCCUGGAGUCGGCCCUGCCUGCCGUGCUCAAGCGCGAGGUGUCCGAAGCCCAGGCGAUCAAGACACUCGAGAAGAUGCUCAAGCCACGCGAGGCGCCAUGGCCAUACCAGAUCAACCGUCCCCGCGAGACGGACCUGCGCAAGCGCGACAUGUUCGACCUGAUCGGGUUCACGCUGUUUGGCUGGCGCAUCCGCACCAACCCAACCUUCUACGACAUGCUCGAGGGCACGCAGGCAGAGCAGCUGAGUCGGACGGUGGAUGAGUGGUUUGCAAACCAGCCCAAGCCAAAGGUGCAGCGCAAGGUGAUCAACGACGCAGACGACGAGGGACAGGGGAGAGCGAAGGACGAGGUGGAGGAGGACGACGAGGUGGACAAGCCCGAGGGUGCGCCGGCUCCUGUGACCGCCGCGGACCAGAUCAAGAUCGAAGAAGAGGUCAUUGGGAAUGGCGACAAUGACAGCGACUCUGACUAG